CAUGUCUCUAGACGGUCCGAAUUCAGAUAGAAACUUCCGACGACGUAUCAUCCAUUUCUAUAGCUCUAUUGCGAUUUUAAGCCCUAUAUAGUACGCGGUAAGGACUUCUGCAGUUCUGCUUCUACAGCUCCAAUUAAAUCCCCAGCUAUGUCGAAGACAGACGAACCAGCAAUCGGGAUUCCCAUUAAUGCGGCAUAUCAGGCGCCUGUCCCGCCACCGCAGCCGCAGUACUUCGUUAACGAAAACGCUUACCAAGCCGCCGGCAUACCUUUGAGCGCCAUCGUCGGAGACCCGAAGGGAGCCCCGAUUCAGCAGACCAUAUACAGAGAUACUCCGGCACCGUUCAUCUGCCUCCACUGUGGAAACACCGGGCUGACUGUCGUCAAGUCAAAACCAAGUUUAGCAGCUUGUGUUGCAUGUAUGAUGCCAAUGAUGCUUGGAGUUUGCUUUCUCUGCCCUUCAAUGGAUUGUCUUUGGCAUAAAUACCACUACUGUCCAACCUGCAACGAAAAAGUUGCUGAUUUUGAGAAAUCGGAUCCUUGUAUAGUGGUCGACCCUCCACAGUGGACACAAGAAAGUUUUGCCUUACCUGCAGUUUGAUUCUUUGUUUGUGUUGUUGUCAUCAUAUCACACCACAAAUUCUGAUUAUCUGGCUUUUUUCCCGCAAACACUCCCAAAAGACCAUGGUAGAUGAUUUAAUAAAAAUAUGAGUCAAAUAUGAUUUCUUAUGGAGUCAUAUGAGCUCCCC